CCACUCAUUGAUCCAUUCCUCCGAGCCGCCGGGGGGCAGCACACAGUAUUCACCGAAGUCUCGCUUUGAGGAAACGAUGGCCGAUGCCGUCGAUUCUCUAGCCAAUCCUGGAAUGCCUUGGCCCAUCCCGUUCUCUAAUUGGACAAACGGUAGGGUGGCAAGGCGGAUGUUGUUCUCCCUGUGACGCUAAAGCAGACAACAUGGCGUCGGGUGACGGGCAGCUUGGAAGUUUAUUUGACCACCACGUCCAGAGGGCCGUUUGCGACACAAGGGCGAAAUAUCGAGAGGGCCGACGGCCUCGUGCGGUCAAGGUCUAUACGAUCAAUUUGGAAUCCCGAUACUUACUGGUACAAGGAGUUCCUGCAGUGGGAGCAAUGAAGGAAUUAGUUGAGCGAUUUGCCCUUUAUGGUACAAUUGAAGAAUAUAAUGCUCUAGAUGAAUAUCCAGCAGAAGACUUUACGGAAGUUUAUCUUAUUAAGUUUAUGAAUUUACAAAAUGCAAGGAUAGCCAAGAGAAAAAUGGAUGAGCAGAGUUUUUUUGGUGGAUUGCUUCAUGUUUGCUAUGCUCCAGAAUUUGAGACAGUUGAAGAAACUAGAAAAAAAUUAGAAGAGAGAAAGGCUUAUAUAGCACGAACUACUAAAAAUAAAGACUAUUACAUGACUAAGAAGAAACUGGUUCCAGAACAUAAAGACACAGAAGAUUUUAGACAGGCCCUCUACUCCGAUGUGUCUGGAUUUUAUGCAGCCACUCUGAACACACCUCCUGGGAUCCAAAAUCCUCAGUUUCCUUAUUCUUGUGAAUUGCCUUUAUGUUAUUUUGCCUCAAAACCUGCAUGUUCACUUGGGGAGCAUGUAGACAGAGCAUCGGAUGUCUAUAAAGAUGGUAGAGACCACAGUGAAGCAAUGAAACACUGUAUCCACAGUGACUCUUCACUCCAAACACAGAUAACCACUUCUAAAAAUUCCUGUUCUGGAGCACAAAAAGCCAUUAAUCCUUCAGGGGCAAUUGACAGAUUUAUGCCUAGGACAACACAGCUGCAGGAGCGGAAAAGAAGAAGAGAAGAUGAUCGCAAACUUGAAACUUUUGAAGCAAGCACAAGCAGUAAUGAGGUCAUGAUUGGGCCUAAGUUACCAGACAUACCUAAAGUGGAUCUGCAAGACGAUUCCUUGAAUACAUCAGCAAACUUAAUUCGGAAUAAACUUAAAGAGGUAAUUUCAUCUGUGCCAAAGCAUCCAGAAGACAAGUUGAAAGCUGUUUGUACGAGUCAUCCAUUAAAACAAAGAAGAAGAAUAUAGAUUGGCAGGAGCAAAGUUCUUCACGCAAAAUCCUGACACCAGAGGAAUAAAGCAUGUGAACAUCACCCCAGUGGGACAGACCAGAGCUAUUUCUAGGCAAAUGUGAGAAAUGUGAUUAUGGUCUCUGAGUUCCUAAUGUUGCUUUUAAGGUAAAAGCUCCAUUUGUAACACUCUUUCCUUCGGGCUUGCAUUGUCUUUAGUCUGUUGAUUUCCCUCUCCUCAAUCAUCUAAAAUAAUUCUAACAGUAAAGAAUUAGUAUCUGGUAGGUAGUGUGUGGGCAGCCUCAUCUCAUGUCAACCACUUUUGUUUUCUUGAUGAAAUGACAAGGAAUGGCCCUAAAGUAGCACAGGCACUGCCUCAUAUUGAGGCCCACUUCCUGCUAAGGAAAGAGGCAGCCUCAGAAACCACAGUGUUACCUGCUGAUCAGAGUUGGCAUGAGCCUGACCCUUAACUCAGGCCACGAGCCAGAACGCCUAUUCUGGUGGCCCUGAGCACUGUGGAACCUAUGAGCUGAGACAGAAGACUUCAGUGACCUUAAAACUGGGCCACUUACCUCACUCGUUUUGUUUCAAGCUGUCAUGAACAACAUUUGCAAAGUUGUUACACCAAAUAGUAAUUCCAUAUUUUUAGAAUACAAGCAUUUAUCAAAUACUAAUUUGACAAUAUAUAUUAGCCAGAAAUUCCAUCUUACACUUCAUCUUUUCUUCAAAAGUUCCUCGAAGAAACACUGAUAAUCCUCUAAUCCAUUCUUCUAAAUUUAUGUAGUUAUCAUUGUCUCUGUCAAAUGCGCAAAACACUGAAAGAAAAAUAUGUAGAGCACACACACAUACAUAUUCAUAUAAAUUCAUAUAUAUUCAUAUAUAUAUAUACACACACAAAUGGAUAGAAAAGUUUUCCAAAAAAAAGUUUUUAAACAAUCAAUCUUCUUGAAAGGAUAAAAGUUAUUGGAAAUAUGUUUCACUUCAUAUCCUUAAAGUAAAAAGAACCAAUCUGCUCCAUGAGAUAGUAAGAGCUCCAUUUAUGGUUUUUUGUUUUGUUUUCAGACAGGCUCUGACUAUAUAAUCCAGGCUGGCCUUAAAUUCACUAUGUAGACCAGUCUGGACUCAAAUUUGAACUCCUGAUCCUCCUGCAUUAGCUCCCAAGUCCUGGGAUUAGAGGAUACACCACUGUGCCUGGUGUUUGUGGUGUUUUGUACAUGUAUUAGGAACCCAGGAGACAAACAGUAGAGCUGAUCAAUGACAUAGUUUUAUUCUAAAAAGAGUAGUGAAAAUUAUUCUAAAAGAGUAGUGAAAACUGUUCUAAAAGUUUCUGCAAUAUCUAAAGGUAAAUUACUAAAAUAAUUUUUAUAAUUACCAAUGAAAUUUAGUAUUAUCCUAUGGAAGAUCAAUUAAAAUGUUACUUCUUAGGGAUGAUGACAUAUUAAUUAUUUGCACCAUUUAUCAUGUGUUAUACUUAACAAAUUGUACACUUUAAAGAUCUGUUUCUUUUCUUUUUUCUUUCUUUCUUUCCUCCCUCCCUUCCUUCCUUCCUCCCUUCCUUCCUUCCUCCCUUCCUUCCUUCCUUCCUUCCUUCCUUCCCUCCCUCCCUCCCUCCCUCCCUCCCUCUCUUCCUUCCUUCCUUCCUUCCUUCCUUCCUUCCUUCCUUCCUUCCUUCCUGGCAAAAGUUUUGCUCUGUAAUUCAGGCUAUCCUUGAAUUCACUGUGUAGUCUGAGCAGGCCUUGAAUGUUCAGCAAUCCUCCUGCCUCAGCCUCCCAAGUACUGCAAUUAUAGGCAUGUACCACCAACCCCAAAAUAUCUGUUUCUAAAACUAACUGGAUUAAAUAUAUAAUAAAUAUAUAAUUUUCUUUACUUUUCCAA